AUGAAGAGAGGUACGGUAUGUGUAACUGGUGGAGCAGGAUACAUCGGUUCAUGGUUGAUCAUGCGACUCCUCGAACGCGGCUACACCGUCCGAGCCACCGUCAGAUUGGAUCCUGAAAGGAAGAGGGACGUAAGCCAUCUUACAAACCUUCCAGGAGCAUCAGAGAGGCUGCAAAUCUUCGACGCCGAUCUUGAAAAACGUCAUAGUUUCGACGAAGCAAUAAAGGGUUGCGUCGGUGUUUUUCACGUAGCGUACCCGGCCGAUUUUGUAGAUGGAAAUGAAGCAGAUGAUGCAACGGUAAAAACAGUUAUAGCAAGAAAUCUAGACAUACUAAAAGCAUCUUUGAGAUCAAAGACAGUGAAGAGAGUUGUGUAUACUUCUACUGCAGCAGCAGUUUUCGUAAACAAAUCAGGUCUCAAGGAAAUGGAUGAGAAUUCAUGGAGUGAUGUUGAAUUCUGUAGAGACAUGAGAAUUCAUGGGAGUUCAUAUAUUAUACCCAAAACUUUGAUUGAGCAAGCAACCCUUAAAUUUGGAGAAGAUAAUGGUCUAGAUAUUGUUUCAAUCAUUCCACCAUUAGUUGUUGGUCCAUUUACCUGUCCUCAUCUUCCUGGCUCCAUUUCAGUAUCUUUGGCGAUGAUCUUAGGUACAAAAUAUGGACUCGGACGUGGUUUUGAAGAAACGCUAAUGGUGCACAUUGACGAUGUAGUUUCAGGACAUAUAUUUCUAUUCGAAUGCCCAAAUGCAAAAGGUCGAUACAUUUGCUCGUCGGCCGAGACAUCUGUAUAUGAACUAGCCAAAUUGAUUUCAACUCGUUAUCCGGAUAUUCAAAUGCCAUCAGAGUUCUUAGAUGAGACAAGAAAUGAAAAGAGUUUUCAUCUUUCACCUAAGAAGCUUUUAAAUUUGGGGUUCGAAUUCAAAUAUAAUCUCAAGCAUAUGGUUGAUGGAGCAAUCCAAAGCUGUAAGCAAAAGGGUUUCUUGUAGAGAUGU